AUGUCAAUGACUGAUUUAAUGUUCGCCAACUUCGAGAAUGAGUCUUUGCAUUAUGUUUCAAAUGGGCAAGACCACAAGAUACAAAGUAAUACGAUAAUGAGUACCGAGAAACCUCAAUCCAAUUUUGCCAUUGACUUUUUAAUGGGUGGUGUUUCUGCCGCUGUCGCCAAGACAGCAGCAUCACCUAUUGAAAGAGUUAAAUUAUUAAUUCAAAAUCAAAAUGAAAUGCUUAAGCAAGGUACCCUAGACACCAAGUACAAGGGUAUUGUUGAUUGUUUCAGAAGAACCGCUCAACAAGAAGGUAUAAUUUCAUUUUGGAGAGGUAACACGGCCAAUGUUAUUAGAUAUUUCCCAACACAAGCAUUGAAUUUUGCCUUUAAAGACAAGAUUAAAUUGAUGUUUGGAUUUAAGAAGGAAGAUGGUUAUGGGAAAUGGUUUGCCGGUAAUUUAGCCUCUGGUGGUGCUGCUGGUGGGUUAUCAUUAUUAUUUGUUUACUCUUUAGAUUUUGCUAGAACUAGAUUGGCCGCUGAUUCCAAAUCUUCCAAGAAGGGUGGUUCUAGACAAUUCAAUGGGUUAAUCGAUGUUUACAAGAAGACUUUGAAAUCUGAUGGUGUUGCUGGUUUAUACAGAGGGUUCUUACCAUCAGUUGUUGGUAUUAUCGUUUACAGAGGUUUGUAUUUUGGUCUUUAUGACUCCAUUAAACCUGUGCUAUUGACAGGUUCUCUUGAAGGUUCCUUCUUAGCUUCAUUCUUGUUGGGUUGGGUUGUCACUACAGGUGCUUCUACAUGUUCUUACCCCUUGGAUACUGUGAGAAGAAAAAUGAUGAUGACAUCUGGCCAAGCGGUUAAAUAUAAGGGUGCCUUUGAUUGUUUCAAGAAGAUUGUUGCCGCUGAAGGUGUCGCAUCUUUGUUCAAGGGUUGUGGUGCCAAUAUCUUGAGAGGUGUUGCCGGUGCUGGUGUCAUCUCCAUGUACGAUCAAUUGCAAAUGAUCUUAUUUGGUAAGAAGUUCAAAUGA